AUGUGCUGGCUCAAAGAUAUAAAAAUCCCCGCUCAGCUUUCUACCUGCAUCCAUCAUACGGCACUGCUUUUAGUUCAGUUGCAGACUUCCAAAUGUCUUGGACGGGAUGAAAUUCCCAGUGUGAAAUCCACAGAGCUGUUUGUCUCAUUUUCAUGUGUUGUGAGUGCUUCGUGUCAUUACAUCUUGUUGUUACAGGUGAUAAAAAAUGAGCGCCCGGACGGCGUCCUGCUGACUUUUGGAGGUCAGACUGCUCUGAACUGCGGUGUAGAGAUGACCAAGCUGGGCGUUCUGGAGAAAUAUAAAGUGCAGGUUCUGGGAACUCCUGUUUCCUCCAUUGAGAUGACCGAAGACAGGAAAAUCUUUGUGGAGAAAAUGGAAGAGAUCAAUGAGCAUGUAGCUCCCAGUGAAGCAGCUCUGUCGGUGGAACAGGCGGUGGCGGCUGCUGAGCGUCUUGGCUACCCCGUCUUGGUUCGUUCAGCGUUCGCUCUCGGAGGCCUCUGCUCCGGUUUUGCCAACAACAGAGAGGAGCUGACCUCUCUGGUAACGGCAGCAUUCGCUCACACCUCUCAGGUGCUGGUGGACAAAUCCCUGAAAGGCUGGAAGGAGAUUGAGUAUGAGGUGGUCCGGGACGCCUAUGACAACUGUGUGACUGUGUGUAAUAUGGAGAACAUCGACCCACUGGGUAUCCACACUGGGGAAUCCAUUGUAGUGGCUCCCAGUCAGACGCUUAAUGACCGCGAGUACAACAUGCUGAGAAACACGGCCAUUAAAGUCAUCAGACAUCUCGGCAUCGUGGGAGAGUGUAACAUCCAGUACGCUCUUAACCCCGAAUCUGAACAGUACUACAUCAUUGAGGUGAAUGCCCGCCUGUCACGGAGCUCUGCUCUGGCCAGUAAAGCGACUGGUUAUCCUUUGGCCUACGUAGCAGCUAAACUUGGUCUGGGGAUCCCGCUGCCACAGCUCAAAAACUCAGUGACAAACUCGACGACGGCAAACUUUGAGCCGAGUUUGGAUUACUGUGUGGUGAAGGUGCCUCGCUGGGAUCUCAGCAAGUUCCUCAGGGUUUCCACCAAGAUAGGCAGCUCCAUGAAGAGUGUUGGUAAGAGGCAAAAGCGAGCUUGGAACAAAAAUAUGUUAACCUUUUCUUCAACAGCGGAGGUGAUGGCUAUUGGUCGUAGCUUUGAGGAAGCCUUCCAGAAAGCUCUGAGGAUGGUGGAUGAGAACUGUGUUGGCUUUGACCACACCAUCAAGCCUGUCUCUGAAAAGCAUUCAAAGCUGGCUACACUGUGGAAAAGCUGUAUGACCAAAAUCGACCACUGGUUCCUGCACAAGAUGAAGAACAUCGCCGACCACGAGCUGCUGCUGGAGACCUACAAUCAGGAUGAGAGCUCCAUGCCUCCAGAGGUGAUGCUUAAGGCCAAGCAGCUGGGCUUCUCAGACAAGCAGAUAGCACUGGCUGUACAGAGCACAGAGCUGGCCGUCAGAAAGCUGCGUCACGAUUGGUCCAUCCUGCCAGUGGAUGACCAGCUCAAAGUGAUCGAGUGCAACGUCCGAGUUUCUCGCUCGUUCCCCUUUGUGUCCAAGACACUGGGAGUGGACUUGGUGGCUCUGGCUACCCAGUACAUUAUCGGGGAGGACGUGGAGCCAGUGGGCCUGAUGAAAGGGAAAGGGAUUGUGGGAGUCAAGGUCCCUCAGUUUUCUUUCUCUCGGCUGGCCGGAGCUGAUGUGGUGCUCGGGGUGGAGAUGACCAGCACUGGAGAAGUAGCUUGUUUUGGGGAGAACCAGUACGAGGCUUACCUCAAAGCCAUGCUCUCCACAGGCUUCAAGAUCCCCAAGAAGAACAUCCUGCUCUCCAUCGGCAGCUAUAAGAACAAGAGUGAGCUGCUGCCCACCGUGCAGGCCCUGGAGUCUUUGGGAUAUGACCUGUAUGCCAGCAUGGGCACGGCUGACUUCUACACAGAGCAUGGAGUCAAGGUGACUGCAAUCGAUUGGCCGUUUGAGGAGUACGAUAGCGAUGAAUGUGCCACCAAAGAGAAGCAGCGCAGCAUCAUGAACUACCUGGAGGAGAACCACUUCGACCUUGUCAUUAACCUCUCCAUGAGGAACAGCGGAGGUCGAAGGCUCUCCUCCUUUGUCACCAAAGGCUACAGGACCAGGCGUAUGGCUAUCGACUACUCUGUCCCGCUCAUCAUCGAUAUCAAGUGCACCAAGCUCUUUGUUCAGGCUCUUCGUCAGAUUGGAAGGACUCCACCAGUGAAAACUCAUAUUGACAGCAUGGCAUCCCAGACACUCGUCCGUCUGCCCGGUGAGUGGUCGUAA